GCGAGCUACACAUCGUGUCAUUCGCUGCGGAACUCAGUCAGGUGUGCCAACCGUACCAGCAAAUAUCCAGAGACAAUACUGUAUGUUUUUUUCAAAGAUUCCUUUCAUUCAUUCAGCAGCCAUUUUUAUUGUGUUUGUCUUUUUAUUGAAAGACACAAUUUUGGUUCGCGUGCUCAAAUAGUUGUUUGUUGUAGUAGUUUAACUGUUUAACCCUGGUUAUUUGUAAUAGUAUAAGAUAUUUUGUUUAAGUGCAAGUUACAGUUGUCGAUAUGUCUGAAACAAGUGAUAUUGUCAAACAGAAAAACAUUAAAAGAGGUUACAUUAAAGCCACGCUAACAAGAUUGGCUACAUUUUCAAAGCAAAACUUGUCGUCAUGCUCCAAAGACGAAUUGCUCGUCAAAAAGCAAAGGUUAACCGAGGCCUUUAGUGAAUACGAAGAGCUCAAUCAGGAUUUGUUGUAUUUAAAUCCAAAUGACGAUGAAAAUAUAGUGCUAGUGGAGGAAACAUACUAUCAAACCUUGACAUGUUUCAAUCAGACAUUAACGACAUUAAAUUCUGGAAACCUACAAGAGCCAACAGCUUACAACACAACAGCCCAAUGCAGCCAAAGAACGAAAUUACCUGCUAUAAACAUUGGUAGCUUCAAUGAUGGCUACACAGCUCGAGCUUACCAGCUCGAAAGAAAUCAAGAUGCAGAUCCUGCCGUGGAAGAAUUUCUCAAGUAUCUGGAGCGGAGAGCCCUUGCGUUGGAAAGCGCUGAGCCCAGUCAAAAUGCUCAGCAUACAAGCAUGGACAACCGGGCAUCCACAACUAAGUCCAGACCCAUGGCUGCAACACACAUCGUGACAGGAACACAAUGCUCUCACUACGCUGUUGCUCCAGACGGAGCCGAUAAAGAUCGAGCUUCCCGAGCAGCCUCCGAGCCCAGCCCAGCCGCCGAGCACCGCGUCGGGGCCACAGUCUGAGUCAACCAGCGAUAGCACGGCGCCAGCACCGCGACGAUACUUGAGUAUUAUUAACACUGAGUUCGGACACAUAGUAGGAGGUAACAUACCAUGUCAUUUAGCACAGGCAGCGUCACACAAGGUAGUCUUAAAAUGUACAUUAGCCCCUCUCAAUGAUACGAUGGCUCAAUUUUGGAACACAGAAAAAGUGCCUGAAAUUUUUAGCGAGAAAUCUUCAGAACAGGAACUUUGCGAAGAGGUAUUUCAGAGUACUGUUAAGUUAGAAGAUAACAAAUUCCAAGUUGCUUUGCCUCUGAAGUUACCACUUUCCGAGGUAAACGACGCACUUGGCGACUCGUUUCACUUUGCACACAAACGGUUUUUGAACUUAGAGAAAAAACUACAUGCAAACCCAGCUUUGUUCAACCAAUACAAAGAAUUCAUAAACGAAUAUUUACAGCUCAAUCACGGUCAUUAUAUAGACAUUGAGAUGUACGAUUUAAACAAGGAUGCGGUAUAUUUCCUUCCGCACAGAGCAGUCAUCAACGAGAACAGCAAAACUACGCCAGUGCGUACUGUUUUUGAUGCAUCAAUGCUAACAAACAAGAAAAUUUCUUUAAAUGAUUUACAACUUAAUGGACCUACAGUCCAAAGAGAUCUGUACGAUAUCAUUAUCCUAUUUCGAUUAGGGAAAUUCACAUUCACAACGGAUAUAAGGCGCAUGUUUCGGAAUAUUAAUGUCGAUCCCGCAUACACAUCACUUCAGAAUAUUCUCUGGAGGGAAAGCCCCACAGAGACACUAAAAGUUAUAAGACUCGAUUCAGUAACUUAUGGUUUGAAGUCAUCGAGUUAUCUUGCAACACGUUGUUUAGAUGAGCUGGCAACUAGGUACAAAAAUGAUUACCCCCUAGCUUCAUCCAUCAUCAAAGAAAACACUUACGUGGAUGAUAUCAUAUAUUCGCAUAACGAUUUAAAUACAAUUCUCUCAGCAAAAGACCAAUUGUGCAAUUUAUUAAAGCUAGGUAGUUUUCACACACACAAAUGGUCUACAAACGAUGAAAGGAUAUUAACAGGCGUUCCCUCUACUGAGAGACAAUUUGAAAGCUUAAACCUUCAAAAAGACGAUUAUAACAUGAAAGCUUUAGGUCUACAACUUAAUAUAAAUGACGACAAGUUUAUAAUCUCGUCUCCGGAACCUUUUAAUCCAGAAAAAAUUACAAAGAGAACCAUACUCAGCUACAUAGGUAGAAUUUAUGACCCUAUGGGUUAUGUAGGCCCAAUUGUAGUCACAGCAAAGGCUAUUAUGCAAAGACUGUGGUCAUCAAGCUGUAGUUGGAAUGAUUCACCUCCUCAGGAUGUCCAGAAAGAAUGGCUUCAGUAUACUGAGCGAUUAGCUAAAAUGCAACCGAUAACUUUAGCUAGAAACAUAGACUUUUCAGACUCUCACACAGCACAGCUGAUUGGUUUUGCUGACGCCUCGAGUACGACGGGCUACGAAUGCUGUUUGUAUCUGCGACUCAUAGAUGCUUCAGGGACAAAGGUAACAACACAUUUACUCAGUUCAAAGUCCAGAAUAAAUCCCGUGCAAAAGAAAAAUAUGACUGUUCCAAGACUCGAGCUCAAUGCUGCACUUUUGCUUUCUAAAUUAGUAGUCAAAACCUACGCGACGUUGCAACUUAAGAUUGAGAUUAAGAAUGUAUAUUUAUUCAGCGACUCGCAGGUUGUACUUGCAUGGCUUAAAACGGAGAUUACAAAACUGCAAGCAUAUGUGGCGAAUCGAGUAAAUGUGAUUCACCAAAACACAUCUAGAUGGCGCUGGUUGUAUGUUAAUACCCAUGAGAACCCGGCAGACCUGAUCAGUAGGGGAGUCCAACCAGGAGAGCUGAACGGCAAUAAUCUGUGGUGGAGAGGCCCAGAAUUUCUACAAAACAGUAAGUGGGACCUUUCUUGUAAUGAGCCGAAAAUACCUCAAGAGGUACCAGAGGUAAGGAGCUGCGCUGUGCUUGCUAGCGCUCCCGUGUGUAUAAAGCCAAACCCGCUAGAGUACGUUUUUAAACGCUUAUACGAAUGCUCUGAUAUUAACAAAAUUGUUAGGCUGUAUGCAUACAUAUUAAGGUUUUUGAAUAACACUAACAAAAUAAACAAUAAGUUGAACACUAGCUACUUAACAAGCUCCGAAUUGCACAACUCGCUUCUACAAAUAAUCAAAUAUGAACAAAGUCAAUAUUUUUCAGCUGAAAUAGAAUGUUUAAGUAUGGGUAAAAAACUAACAGGCAAUCUGACUAACCUCCAUCCAUUUCUCGAUGAGAUGGGACUAUUGCGUCUUUCGGGUAGGUUACACCAUGCAAAAAUUGCUUAUUCUCAUAAACACCCAGUCAUAUUACCUAAAGGUUCGCUGAUCACCACUUUGCUUAUCAGGAGUGAGCAUCAACGCUUGAUGCAUGCAGGAAGCAGGCUAGUUCUUGCUAAUUUGAAUCAAAAGUUUUGGAUUGUAAAUGGUUUGUUAGAAGUUAAGAAAGUAGUUCAUAAAUGUGUAACUUGUUUCAGACAUAAGGCAACUGUAGCUAAACAGUUAAUGGGCAGUCUUCCCGCUGGGAGAGUUAAUAAAACUAGCCGCCCAUUCGAAAUUAUCGGCGUGGACUUCUGUGGACCGCUAGAAAUAAAAUUAUCACGUAUCAGACGAUCCGUAAUAGGUAAAGGAUAUAUUUUAGUUUGCGUAUGUUUCGCAACAAAGGCAAUUCAUUUAGAACUGGCUUCCGAUUUGACAACUGAGACCUUCCUAGCAUGUUUUAGACGACUGAUUUCGAGAAGAGGCUUGCCCACCGAAGUCCACUGCGAUAAUGCAAGUACAUUUAAAUGUGCAAAUUCACAAUUAGUUGAACUUUACUCACUGCAGUCUUCACAAAGGCACCGAGCACAAGUAUAUGAAUUUGCUUCACAAAGAGGCAUAGAUUUCCACUUCAUACCAAGUCACUCACCGACGUUCGGAGGCAUUUGGGAAAGUGCAGUGAAGAGUACAAAGCAUCAUUUAAAAAGGGUAUUACAGAAAAACGUACUUACUUAUGAACAGAUGAAUACGGUUCUUACAGAGAUAGAAUGUAUUUUAAACAGUCGUCCAUUGUUACCAUUGUCAACAGAACCUGAUGAUUUUUGUUACUUAACCCCUGGUCAUUUUAUCACUGGUAGUGCUUUGACUAUGUACCCAGAAAAGAAUGUAAGUGAUAUACCGCAAAAUAGACUUAAGUUUUGGCAGUUAUGUACAAGUUUAAAACAAAAAUUCUGGAAUACAUGGCAUAAAUAUUAUUUAAACAUUUUACAGAACAGACCGAAAUGGCGACAAGAGCAACAUAACGUAAAAUUAGGCAGUCUUGUGAUUUUAAAAGAAGACAAUAUACCUAAUAUGUGUUGGCCCAUGGCUAGAGUUGUUAAGUUAUUUCCAGGGCAUGACGGUAAAGUAAGAGCAGUUGAGGUUAGAACGCCUAACCAUAAAACCCAUCAUCGAUCUAUACACAAAAUCUGUAUUCUACCUAUUGAAGAUAAUAACUAAUGUAAAAUAAGUAAAUACUCAUGUAUUUGUUGUUGCUUGUCGCUGGCACUACACUCUCUAGUUAGAGAUGUAUAAAUACUGUUUUAGGGCUGACACUAGCAGCUUAUUUGGGCACGCGAACCAGAAUAUUUAGUUUAAUAUAGUUUUAGUUUAGUUCGUAGUGCUAAGAAUUCAUUAAAAACACGACUGUUGUAUUUAACAUAGUGUUAUGUAACAAUGUAAAUUGGUUAUUCUUAGGGUUAUGUACCAUUCCAAGAAAUUAUUUCGUAGGACUAAGAAUUUAUCAGUAACUCCAACUGUGUAUGUAUUUAACUUUUUAUAAAGUACUAAUUAACUUUGUAAUUCUUAGGGUUAUGUACCAUCCCAAGAACAUUAUUUCGUAGGGCUAAGAAUGUUACUUCGAGAUUUAAUUAUAAGUAUAAAACUGCUACCUACCAUCUGAAAAUAUUAAUUAAAUGUUUAUAACUAACUUAUAUAUCAAAAAUACAGUCCACUAUCGAAAGUAAAAAUAGGUUUGUAUAAACAGUAUGAUUUAUUAAUAUUACAUAGAUUUUCAUAUACA